CAAGGGGAAAGAUCAACCAAACAGCAUCAUCUUUCUUCUUGGUUGACGACUCAGCAGGCACCAAGGAGAGAGAGGCUAGAAUCGUCGUGGUAGAAGGAAAAAGAUGGCAAUGAAGUCAUACGUUGGUGCACUGCUUUUGUUGUUGUCUUUUUCUUCUACUAUCAACGCCCAGGUCUUUCCCAUCGGGAAUUAUGGUGCAAAGGGUGACGGCACAUCAGACAUACGCCAGGCAUUGCUAAGUGCAUGGAAAGCGGCGUGUGCAUCCGCUACUCCUGCUAAAGUGCUGAUCCCGGGAGGAACGUUCGCAUUGUCGGAGGUGGUCCUAGAAGGCCCUUGCCAGGCCCCUGUGGAAUUCCAGCUCCAGGGCACACUGCGGGCCCCGGCGGACCCGAGCCACUUCAAGACCGACGGUUGGGUCGCGUUCCAACACGUCGACGGCCUCACCGUGUCGGGCGGCGGGACCUUCGACGGCCAGGGCAGAACUGCCUGGGAGCAGAACAACUGCAACAAAGAUACAAAUUGCCGUACCCUCCCCAUCAAUUUGAGGUUCAACUUCGUCAGCAAUGCCCUAAUCCACGACGUAACGACGCUCGAUAGCAAGCAGUUCCACGUAAACGUCUUGGGCUGCAAGAACGUGACGUUCCAACAUUUCACCGUGUCCGCGCCGGGCGACAGCCUCAACACGGACGGGAUCCACAUCGGACGGUCGGUCGGGGUCUAUAUUAUUGACACCACCAUCAAGACCGGGGACGAUUGCGUCUCCAUUGGUGACGGGAGCCAGCAGAUCUUUGUCCAGGGGGUGAACUGCGGUCCGGGCCACGGUAUCAGCGUCGGCAGCCUUGGGAAGUACCCGAACGAAGAGCCCGUGGUGGGCAUCUUUGUCAAGAAUUGCACCAUCAGCGGCGGGACCAAUGGCGUGAGGAUUAAGACAUGGCCCGCAUCGCCGGUCGGCACGGCCUCCGACAUGCAUUUCGAGGACAUCCAGAUGAACAAUGUCGCCAACCCUGUGCUCAUAGACCAGGGAUACUGCCCAUGGAACCAAUGCCAAGCAAAGGUUCCUUCCCUAGUUAAGAUCAGCAAAGUCAGCUUCAAGAGAAUCAGGGGAACCUCGGCGUCCCAGGUCGCAGUGAAGAUCGCCUGCAGCAAGCGUGUGCCAUGUGAAAACGUCGAGAUCGCGGACAUCGACCUCGUGUACAAUGGCCCCGAGGGCCCCGCCACGUCGGAGUGUUCGAACGUCCAGCCUUUGAUCUCCGGCACGCAAAAUCCUCCGGCUUGUGCCAAGGUUGUAAGCUAA